GAUUAAAAAAUUUUUCAAGUCAUACACCAAUGCGCAAUGUAUUUGUUACUAAAAUAUGUCCUUAUAAUUUCAAGUGUGAUGCUACAAGAAGUCGAAAUGCUGCCAUUCGUAGAAGAAGCGCCUCCUAAUUUGAUCGAUGAUCUUUUGAGUGCCCCAGAUGGUGCCAGCAAGGCUCAAACUUAUAAUAGCGCGGUUUCAAAUGCGCUGAACAGAAUGGACCGAUCGGUGAAGCCGUGUGACGAUUUCUACAGAUUUGCCUGCGGUAAAUGGUUGAAGGACACGGUGAUCCCUGAAGAUCUAGUGGACGUGAACAGCUUCAGUAUUCUUACUGACAAAAUUCAGGAGCAGCUGAAGACCACUUUGGAGCAGCCCAGUCCUUCAUCGGAGCUCAGAACCUUCAAGCUGGCCAAGAAUUUGUACAAAUCAUGCAUGAAUAUUCCGGCUAUUGAAGAGCAAGGUUUGAAGCGAGUCCUCGGUGACCUGAAGAAACUCGGGGGAUGGCCAGUGCUGGAGGGUAACUCCUGGAAUGAACAAGGUUUCGAGUGGACCCAAGCAACUUACAAACUCCGGCAGCUCGGGUACCCCUUCAAUUUCUUCUUCCGUCUGUCCGUCUCGCCGGAUAUGAAAAACAGCAAGAACCGACUCCUCCAUUUGGACGGACCUGUCCUGAGAAUUGGAGGGCAUGAUUACAUGCAGGAAUACCACAGCUUGAUGGUGAACAUCGCAGUAUUGCUUGGAGCUAAACGAGAUGUGGCUGAGGAGCAGCUACACGAUGCAGCCAAACUCGAGAUUGAAUUGUCUCAGAUAGCAGAGGAGCCUGAACUCGGGAGUUCCUACAACCCAAUGUUGAUUACCCAACUGUCCGAGAUGUACCCCAGCAUCCCCUGGAAGGAUUACAUCAGCCACAUGCUGCCGCCUGGCACCAGCGUGAGAGACGAUCAUGUGGUGAUCGUGCAGGCACCAGGAUACAUCAGGCAGUUCGUCGACUUGAUGAAGCUGACACCAAAGAAGACCCAAGCCAACUACAUAAUGUGGACAGCCGUGGAAUCUGUAAUUAAUUAUCUGAAUCACGAUGCAAGAGCACGACAUCUUGAGUGGCUGACAGUGAUUGAGGGCAGGACAGGAAUGGGAGAUCGGUGGAAAGAAUGCAUGGAGAUUGUCUCGACGCAGCUUCCUGUGAGCGUUGGUGCACUCUACGUUCGAAGGAACUUCAACAAGGAGUCCAAGAGGAGUGCAAUGGAGCUAGUCGACAAUAUCAAAAAGCAGUUCAUCGAGAUGCUGCAGAGUGUCGACUGGAUGGACCCCAAGACCAAGGCGAAUGCCAUGCAGAAGGCCACCUCCAUGCACACCAAUGUAGGAUAUCCCGACGAACUUCUUGAUGAUCGUAAACUGGAGGAGUAUCACAAGGGGCUGGAGUUCGAUGGCAAUGACUUUCUGGACGGAAUCCUGAAGAUUGCUAUUUUUGAUGCCAAUCGCCAGUUUGGGGGACUGAAUAAACCGAUCGACGACACCUGGGCGAUUCACAACGCUGCUGAGGCCAAUGCUGGAUAUUACGUCAGCAUCAACACUAUUAGCAUUCCUGCUGGAAUUCUUCAGGGCAUAGCAUUCGGAAGUGAUCGCCCCAAGUACAUGAAUUACGGUGCCAUCGGGAGUGUCAUUGGCCACGAGAUCACUCACGGAUUUGAUCAUCAAGGUCGAAAAUUUGAUAAAGAGGGGAGUCUAGUUGAUUGGUGGGAACCUGCCACUCUGCAAAAAUAUAAUGCUAAAGCUCAAUGCAUCAUCGAUCAGUACGGAGGGUACACAGCCAAAGAAGUUGGGAUGAAGAUCGAUGGGAAAAGAACUCAGGGAGAGAAUAUAGCGGAUAAUGGGGGUUUUAAGGCGGCGUACAGAGCUUACAAGGACUGGUCUGCACGAAAUGGCCAGGAGCAGGUGCCCUCGGGGGUCCAGUUUACCCCCAAUCAAAUGCUCUGGAUAAGUACAGCUCAAUUCUGGUGUACAUCUUAUCGACCUGAGAUACUCAAGUCAGAUAUCUCCAGUGGAGUUCAUAGUCCUGCGGAAUUUCGUAUUUUAGGAGCGCUCUCCAAUAUUCCGGAGUUCUCCCAGGACUUUAAAUGUCCUGCGGGAUCCACCAUGAAUCCUCAGAAAAAAUGUACUGUCUGGUGAUUUCUGUAUUUCACCAAAAAAUAAACCUCAUUUCAU